UAAGAUGUUAGUCUUUUAUUUCUCUAUCGGGGUGAGAAUUCAAAUACUAGAUCUGUCAUCUCUGAUAGGGUCUAGAGGUACUAUUAUUCCUAUAUAAACCCUAUGCUAGGUAGGCUGCAAACCACAGUGCCAGAAAAGAAAAAGAAAAUACAUAUAAAUAAUAAUCAAAACAACAAAAAAGUGGGACCCAAGCAUAAUAUCAUAUAUGGGGAAUAACUUAUGGUUGUGGGUGAUUUCUUCGCUAGUAAUUGUAGCCAAUGGGUGUUGGGAAGAAGAGAGAAGUGCUCUCUUGGUGCUGAAGAAAAACAUGAUGAGUUCAAAUGGUGAAUUCAUGACUAAUUGGGUAGGCUACAAAGAGAGUACUGGUGUAAAUUGUUGUUCUUGGUAUGGGAAAUGCAGUUUAGCAACAGGUCGAGUGAUCAAACUCGAUCUCGGAGGGGCAAGGUCCCCAGGGGAUGCUUGGAGAUUUAAUGCCUCUCUCUUUCUUCCAUUCAAAUCUUUGCUAGAACUUAUACUCUCUAAUCUUACAGGAUGGACCAAAAACGAAGGGUUUGACAAACUGUCGCGUUUGACCAACCUGAAAGUACUCGAUUUGCAGUAUAAUUCCCUGCACCCUAAUGUUUUAUCUUCUUUGUGUUGGAUUUCAUCUCUUGAGGUUCUAAGACUCGGUAUCUGGGAAGGGGAAAAACCUACACUUGAUUCUAUUAAAGAGGAACGCAAUCAGAAGUAUCCAGGGUUGAGCAAUUUAAGAGUACUCUGGUUAACAGGUUAUGGAAUCAAUGAUAUCAGCAUCCUUUCUGCAUUGAGUCCUGGUGCAAAUAUUUCUGGACUGAGGAAUUUAGAGAAGCUCAAUUUGAAUGACAAUAACUUCAAUUCCAGCAUCUUUUCAUCUCUAAUGGUUUUUCCGUCUCUUAAACGUCUGAGUCUCUUUGGGAAUGAAAUAAAUGGAAAUAUAGAAGUGAAUGAUAUAAUUGCUCUAAGCAAUUUGGAAUUUUUGGAUCUCUCGCAUAACAAUUUUGGGGGCUUUGCGACUACCAAAGGUAGCAAAAGAAUGAGUUCUCUGCGGAGUUUACGACUCGGAAAUUAUUACCGAGCUCAUAACUCCAACUCGAGCAACGUCUUACCAUCCUUGAAAUCAUUCUCAUCUCUUAAGUCACUUUCUUAUGAUUAUAGUGAUCUCACAGCUCCGGCCAUAACUUACGCAUUAAGAAAUCUGAGCACACUGGAGUACCUAUAUUUGGAGGGAUCUUCACUAAAUGAUAACUUUCUCCCGAGCAUUGGACAAAUGACUUCUCUUAAAGAAUUGAAAUUGGGCCUAAAUUAUGCUGCCGAUGGAAAUAAUGGCACACUCCCUAAUCAAGGCUGGUGUGAACUCAAACACCUUGAAGAGCUGGAUUUUACAGGCAAUUAUUUUGAGGGAACACUACCUUCAUGUCUUGGAAACUUGACAUCACUUCGAUGGCUGAGUUUUUCCGGGAAUUCCUUCAGAGGAAAUAUAGCCUCACAUUCUAUUUGGAGGAGACUCACAUCACUUGAGUACCUGGAUAUUUCGGAUAACAAAUUUGAAGUUCCUGUGUCAUUCAGACAAUUUUCCAACCAUUCAAAAUUGAUCUACUUGGAUGUUGGUUAUAAUACCAUAACUACAGACACCGCAUUUCAAAAUUGGACCCCGAAUUUUCAGUUACAGCUUUUCUCCAUUCGGGGAUGUAUAAACCUUCAAAAACUACCUUCUUUCCUUCACUACCAAUAUGACUUGAGGAUUCUUGCUAUAAAUGGAAAUCAAUUGGCAGGCAACUUUCCAACGUGGUUGUUAGAAAAUAACACCAGACUUGUAGGCCUUUAUGCUAGAGAUAAUGCUUUCAUCGGACCGCUGAAGUUUCCAUCUAGUUGUCACCUCCAUCUGGACACUUUUGAUGUUUCCAAUAACAAAUUAAAUGGACAUAUUCCAGCUAAGAUGAAUUCAACCUUCCCUAAGCUUGGUAUUCUGAAGAUGUCACAAAAUUUGUUUGAAGGUCCUAUACCUUCCACGGUUAGUGGCAUUCAUUUACGAAUUGUAGACCUAUCUCACAAUUUCUUGUCUGGAGGAGUUCCUAGCGAUCUGGCAAUUGGUUCUCCAGAAUUAUCAAUCCUUCGGUUGUCACACAACACGUUGAAAGGGAAAAUAUUUUCGGAGGAAGUCAGGCCACAUGGAUUAUCCCAUUUGUAUUUGAAUGGAAAUAACUUUGAGGGACCACUACCUAGUUACAUGUUUCUCACAUCGCUUCAAGUACUGGAUGCUAGCGGCAAUAAUUUCACUGGGGAGAUUCCAAGAUGGAUUACAGAUAAUACCAAAUUGUUGGAACUUGAUUUAUCCAAGAAUCAUCUCGAAGGUUCGAUUCCAGUGGAGAUUUGCAAUUUGAAGAGCAUUUUCUUCUUAAGAAUAUCCGAGAACAGGCUUUCAGGCUUCAUUCCUUCUUGUGUGAGUGCUUUACAUCUUUUACACAUCCAUCUAGAGAAAAAUCAAUUGAGUGGUGAAUUGGGACAUGUACUUUUCAACUUCUCUUCUUUGAUGGUCUUGGAUCUUGGCUACAACAAUUUUACAGGAAAUAUCCCACACACCAUAGGCUCGCUUUCAAAUCUGAAGUUCCUUCUCCUCAACAAUAACCAAUUGGAAGGGGAGAUUUCAACUCAGAUUUGUAUGUUGAACGAGUUAUCCAUCAUAGAUUUGUCUUUUAAUAAGAUUAAUGGUUCUAUCCUUCCUUGUUUGGGUAACUUAGCACCAGCCGGAAAUCUUGUAUGGAUAGGACAUCCUCGGACGAGAUCUAGGGAAAUGAGGUCAACUUUUUGGGGCUGGAUGCAUUCAACAAGGCACUACCACAAUAGUUGGGGAUUCUUUCUAACUAACGAUUUUUUAACGAUUACGGAAACUCAGGUCCGGUUUUCAACAAAAAGAAACUUGAAAACUUAUAAGGGACUCCCUCUAAGAUAUAUGUUGGGUAUUGAUCUCUCAAGUAACAGAUUAACGGGUGGAAUUCCGAUUGAGCUAGGGAACCUGAGCAAGAUACAAGCAUUGAAUCUAUCACACAACCAGCUCACCGGAAGAAUCCCAGAUAACUUCUCCAAUCUACAAGAAAUCGAGAGUUUAGACCUUUCCUACAACAGCUUGAAUGGGAGAAUUCCUGUUGGCCUACUCGAGCUAAAUUCUUUGGAAGUAUUCAGUGUUGCAUACAAUAACUUGUCUGGUGCAGUGCCUGAUUUCAAAGGUCAAUUCGGAACUUUCGACAAAGGCAGCUAUGAGGGAAAUCCUUUUCUUUGUGGUUUCCCAUUAGACAGCAAUUGUAGCAGUACUGAAUUGCCAAAUACCUCCAACAAUGGAAGUGAGGAAUCUGCAGGCUUUGCGGACAUGGAGUGUUUUUACAUCGGAUUUCUUGUGUCUUAUGGAGCGAUCUUGUUGGGAUUAGCUGCAGCGCUCUGCUACAAUCCUUAUUGGAGAAAAGCAUGGUUUAGGAUGGUAGAUGCAUUGAUGUUCUCUUCUUACUAUUUUCUCUUGGACAAUGUUGUUACACCCAUCAAGAGUAGAUGGUGCAAGUAUCUUGGUUAGGUAGUUGUUUUUCAAUAUUAUUGUAUGGGUAUUUUCAUUAUUGUGAUGUCAUUCUGUGUUGUCAAUCUUCAAUAAAUAGCAUGGGAUCUAUCCCAUCAAAUGUGUAUCUUA